CUGAUCUUGCAAAUCGCCAGAUGGUGCUUUCGGCAGGUGCUUGUGACGUAGAAUAUCCUUAUAGGGAAAUGUGUCAAUUACAUGCAAAGUAAAACAACAUUCAAUACACAACGUAAUUUUUUGGUGGGAAAUUUGUGUUUACAUUUGUUAUUUUAUUGAAAUAAUACUUGAGGAUUUAAUUAAUUGAUUUUAUGGAUGUAAGCUUUUUAUAGCCCAAUGACAGAUAGUGAUACAUGAUAAUAUGUAAACAAACGCAGUACUGUUUAUCACAUAUUAAAUAGGUCAAGGGUUUUGUUGGUGCUCUGACCGAGGAAUACACAUCUUUGUUUGGAUUAUCUGACCAGCCUGACCAAUGUGAGGACAAGAGAUAACCAGAUAAUGCAUACGCUGUAUAUUUUGCUUUUUGCUUUGGGAAUAUAUACUAGUGUUGGCUUAAUACAAGUUGGUCAAACUUCACCUGCCUUACCCUGUCAGAUAGAGCUUCCAUUUACUAACCCACACAUCUCCGUAUUUUACAAACAGCCGAUCGUUGGGGUAGGAUGUGUGACCAACUUGACCACCAAGACCAACCAGGAAGUUCAUGUCAUUAAUCUGAAGAAGAGCGUGGCAGUGUAUAGAAAUGAAGUGGCAGAGGUCCACCUUUUUGUCAAGUCGAGAAAUGAUGAAGUUCUUUGGGAGCCAUUGAUAAUUGUGUUGAACUCCAUUAACCCAGUGAAAUGGAGAGUUAGAACAGAGAUUUUAGCUCCAGCCAGAAAGAAACACAUAUUUGUGAUUCCAGGAUACUCGAGUGUUAAACUUGUGAAAGGUAAUAGUCGUAGAAUUGUAAGAAGAAUUAAUCAAUUACCAGAGAAAAGAGAGAAGCUUCUGGAUUGGGUAAAACAGAGAUAUGGAGCUGUUACCUCGUUUGCAGAAUUAGAUAAAGGGAACCAGAUCACACUCCACGUAGGGCCAGAUAACACAGCAACAAGUGUUUGUGAAGUAAAAGAUUCUCAAGCAAAGACAGUUGAUGCCAUUUAUGAAAAGCCAAAACCUUUUGCAGGAUGUAUGGUUCCUCCAAGGUCAAACAUUAUGGAAAGACUUGCUUAUGUGAUAGAACUGGAAAAGGAAGAUCAAAAUACAGAACAGGUACAAAUUGAGGAGGUGGAGCUUGAAAUCAAAAGUGGAAGAAGAAGAAAAACACAUAGAAAUUUUUAUCUUGUCCUAAAAUCUCCAUGGAAGAAUGUCACUUGGAGAGUUAAAACCAAAAGAUUAGAAGGAUAUGCUGAAAUAGUAUCCAACAGCAAAAUAGAUAUAUCAGGAAUAAAGAUGGAUCCUGUUAGUGAGAGGAUAGAAGAUUUCACAGAAGAAACGGGAGAAAAAUUCCUUAAGUGGGUCGAAAAAUAUGUUGGUCAAGUGGCUAUGUAUACAGCUAUACAUUCAGCUAAUAAGAUAAAAAUGGUCAUACCAGAUACUGAUGAUGAAGAAAAGAUUAAAUCUCAGAUUUUGAACGACCCUUUUGAUGACAUACCAUUUACAAAGAAAAUUUUGAAUCGGAAUGCACAAACUGAAUGUAUAAGCCCAGGAGUGAUUAAAGUUUCUUUAAGUAAAACUGUAUACCAGACUUAUGGUUUAGAUCUAUAUCAAAUGUCAUUGAUAAGUCCUACAUGCAUUGCUACCCAGAAUGCAUCACAUAUUAUCUGGGAGUCUGCUGUAGGAGAAUGUAAAACCAGAAAAACAGUACAGGAUGGGCAGACAACUCUUCACAAUGCUCUUUUAAUCCACCGUUCACCUGUCGAUGCAAUAGAAGCAGGAAGUGGAUAUCACUAUGACAACAUUGAUGAAGAUGAAUUGAAUAUCUCAGGGUCAGGCUCAUUGAAUCAGGUGACAGAGACUUACAUUGAUGAUGAGGAUUAUAGGCACGAUGAUCCUCCAAUAAUAAGUGAUGUAAGCUGUCGUUUAGAGCAAGGCAGUGAUAAAACUACAGUUUCACACAUUGGUGAUAAUAUUAAACCUAUGACACCUCCAUCAACCAAAAUUAAACACAACAUGGAUCUAUCGUUUCGUUUACAACUGUUCAAAUCACCACUAUAUUUGGAUGCCAACUACCUGUUUCCAAUGAAUAUCUCCUUAGGCUCAAGAGUGUUUGUGGAUGCAGCUAUUGUAGGAGAUAAGUCGAUGCGUGUACAGAUUAAAUCCUGUCAUCUAAUGAAAGAUCAGACUCCUGUUAUGACAUUGAUACAAAACGGAUGUAAAAAUUCAAAUACCAAUUGGGAACCAGUUGUGAGAGGGAAGCCAUUGAUGGGAUCUGUAACCCAGAGUCAGAGAUUUAGUUUUUCAGCAGACAUUUUGUCCCAGUAUUUAAACCAGUAUAUUUAUAUCAGCUGUCACUUAACAGUGUGUAGGAACUAUCAAACAACAAACAAUGAAUUCAUACCACAGUGUAUUGACAAUAAAGAUCAGGUUUGUAGAAAUGGACUACCACCAUAUAGUCCCAGAGUUCCUAACCAUCCUGAUGUAACUAAAGGACCAAUGAAGGUUGUAAAUACUGGUAGUAGAAAAGUACAGAUUCCACCAAAGCUUAAUGUUGGUGUUGAAGAUGAAGUAAAGGAUACAGAGAAACAAGCGGGAGGCAAACAAAGUGUCGUUGUCGAUGGACUAGAAUCAGGGACUGUCAUCUGUAUUGCGUUUGCAGCAUUUUUUAUUGGUGUAUUAUUAAUGGCAGCUUUAUGGUUCAUCCAUACACAUACAGGUCCUUCAAAACGUAUAGAUACAGGGAAAAUGGGUAUUGAUGGUAGUGGUGAAAGUACGCCAAUGUCAACAGCACCUAUUGCUGUGAAUACGUAGUGUCUGUUAUACAAAGUAUCAUAUGUACUGAAACAUACUCUGCACAAUUACUGCAGCUUUAAACGGGUAGUCCAUGAUGUUCAUUCCCAGGGAGGAAGAAAUAAUGUUUUUAUUAAGUAUUCAGAUUGUAUGUUUACUUUAUUUAAAAGUCUGUUUGACAUAUCUCAAUAUUUUUUUUUUGUUGCACAACCUUUAUGUUGUAUUAUAUUAGCUUAAUUUACACGUUAAAUUACGACCAUUUUUAUUUUGACUCAUUUGAAGUCAUUUUACAGUUAUUUUUUUUUAAAGAAUUUAAAAUGGCAUCUAGUUUAGUUCUUUUGCAGUGCAUGGCUUAAAUAUUUAUAAAUUGGUGCUACAAGCAGUAUUGCAUAUAGAGCUAAUUCAGAUUUUAUAUUUUAUUUUAAAUUUUUUGCUAUUUUUUUAGCAGUGAUAAAUGGCAUGUGAUCAUUGUCAAACUUAAUGUACUUAUUAUUUUUUUUAGACUUCUAUCAGUGAAAAAAAUAAAUCUGUUUUAUUGCAGAAAACUAUAGUGCUUCAGAAAAACUAGUUGUGUAAAGUUUUUUUUAACAUUUUGUACAGAAAUCAGAAAUAAUUUUACCUCAUGCAUUAUGCACAUCAACAGACUUUUUUGUAUAUUAUUUGUGAUUGGUUGACUGAGACAGACAUUAAAAUUAGAAUAGGAUGAUCUUCAUUAAAACUUAUUUAAGAGAAGAAAUGAUGAUUUAUUUAAGAAGUAUAAAGAACUAGGAAAAGUAACUAAACCUAAUAUUGAAAUCAAAACACAAUGUGCCUUAAAUUCAGAUUAUUAUGUCAUUUUCAUCUUUUGGCAAUGCUCAUUUUAUUAUUAUUUUAAAAAAUGUCCAGUGGUUCAAAACAAAAUCUGCAUUUAUUGGGAAUAGUUUAAGGAGACAUUUUUGUUAUGAGUAGUUUACUAUCUAAAUGUUAAAAAACGGUGUGUGUAGUUCAAAUUUUUGCCAAGUUAUAUUAUGAAUGGGCGAUAGAUUUCUUAUAACUAAAAUAAGCUUUGGUUUCUCUUUGAGGUGAGAAUGACAAAAUAAAACAAGACAUAACUAAAAACAAUGAUGUGCCUGCUCAAAUUUGGCAGCUCAUGGAAAUGGUGAUGUGUAUUCCGAAAGGUUCACAAAUCUAAAAGUUAAGCUUUAAACCCAGUUUUGCUUUUUUAUUAUAGGGCUUUUUUUUGGUUUUUUUUAAUUUUUCUUCAGGAAGAACUAUAUUGGUUGUUUGUUAUGCUUACAAGGUAUAACUGAAUGGCCUAUUAUUUUGGUGCUUUAUGUUGUUGUGCUAACCAUAUCACUAUUGUUUAGAUAUUACCUCAUGUUAUAUUUAUUUUGAGCGUAUCGUUUAGAACAGGGAAUAUUUUUACUGUAUUUGUUGGUGGACAUCAUGGCAAAAUAUAUUGUUGUUUCAGUAUAUGUGAUCUUUGUAUUAACACAGCUUUACAGUUGAUUGAUAUUACUUAAAUAUGUUGACUUUAGAUGGAAUUCUGUGUUCUCAUCAUUAUCAUUCGAAGUAUAUAUUAAAACUUAGUUUAUAUAAUGUAUAUAAAGACACCUCUCUGAAAUGUUUGAUUUUGACAAAUAAAAAACUAUUGCCAAAAUAUUGACUAAGAAGACUGUGUUGUAUAUCUAACUGUAAAACAAAACAGUAUUGUAGAGAACAGUAUAGUAUUUGGAAAUUGAUUUCAGUGUGAAGUGCUUUUUAUGUGAUGGACUUCCAAAACAAAAUAUUGAAAAAACACAUUUUUAAUUAAAAAAUUUAAAAAGUUUAUUUUCUGUUUGGAAUCAUUUUAAUAUUACCAUUGUGUUUUUUUCUUUCAAAUUAUUUCUAACAAGUAUGCUAUAUUUAAGAUUGAAACAGUUGGAAGUCCUUAGUCAAACUAAUAUCUAUUGAUUCAUCAUUGGCCAACAAUACAAGUAUUGUUAAAAAUAGAAAAAAGAAAUCCUUACUUCCUUUCUGUUCUACUGGUACCUUUGUUUUGGUUUGGAUAAUUGUUUAUCAUUGUUUACUCUGAGAAUUGUUAAUACAGAUCUGAUUGUAAGAUUUGUAAUGUUUUUGAGGAGCUGUAAAUAUUUAGCUGUAUAUAUUAAUUGUUUUAGAUUUUUUGGUCAUCAGUUUUGCUUUAGAAUGUGAUAUUAUUGUCAAAUAAUGUUAAUUAUUGUUGAUCAGUGUGUUAUGAAUUUUUAAACUUUUGUGGUAGUGGUGUCAUGUAUAAUUUAUUCCCUAGCCUUGGAAUAUGACAUCAUUUUAUAAAAAAAUAUCAAUGAAAAAUUUUAUGUGACUUUGUAAUUUGUAAAUGCCAUUGAAAUUUACUUUUCCUUCAAUCCAUAUGCUGUCCCAGUAAGAAAUCAUGCAAGGGCAUGCUAUAAUAGAGAAUGCAGCCCCUGUUCAUAAAGUUAUUAAUGAGAGUUCUUAGGAAUUACGACUUUAGGGAAGCUAGGUUUACAAGUAUACAUAAAAAUAAAAGUCACACAUAUGUGUCAUAGAAUUGAUAUUGGUUCAGAGAAUAAAAUGUUUUAAUUACCUAUGAAAGUCCAAAGUCCAUAACAUACUAAUCUCUUGUAAUCCCGGUAAAUACUAUGUUGUGUUUUAUUGUUAUUAUAGGUUGAACUGACUCAGGACGAUUCAUUUAUGAUGUAUAGGUGUACAAGUUAAUACAUUUCUUAAUGUAUUAUGUAAUGUACACUUAUUCAUGUUUUAAUAUUGUAUGUUUGUAUUAAUACAUUUAAUAUGGUAUUUUCAUAUGUUUGAAUACAUUAAAUACAUGUGUACUGUUCAAUUUUACUCAUUGUAUGCAUUCAUGCAUAUGAUAUGCUUUGUGUGAACGUGUACUUUUAUGCAUGUAUUGUGUAUAAUAUGAAUAAAUACAUGUAUACAUGACUACAUUUGUAAAUGUAUUAUGUAUAUGGGAAUACUAUAAUACAUGUAUUAUGCCUUGGUGUAUGUGUUAUAAAACAAUUUCAUGUGUGAUUUGUACUGUUGAAUGUAAGAAAAUAUAUUAUGCAUGCAAGUUUUGUUUUUUUUUAAUUUUCACAGGCAUUGGCGUUUAAAUUAUUGUUUUUUUUAAACAAUUUUGCCAACACAAUGAAUUGCCUUAUAUUUGGCUUUGGGAUUUGUAAAGGAAAGAUUUCUAAACAAUUAGUUUUUUUUUGAGAAUUAAAAAAUUUAACCACUAUUUACUUUUGGUUAAUUUUUCUACAUUUUACAUCUAUGCAUAAUAAUAGUCAUAUUUUAUAAAAUUAAUAUUCAAAGUUGACUGUAAACUUCUUGUCUCUGAAAUGAAAACUAUUAUUUUUUGUGUAUAUAUGUAUCUAUAAGUGCUAAAACCCUUUGAAGUGCUACAAAAUUUUAAUUUUAAGUUUUUUUCUUUGUGCCAUAUCUUGCUGAUUUUUUUUAGAAAUUGUGGAAAUUCUGAAAUAUUGUUCUGUCCA